AUGUCUUCCUCUUCAUUUGCGCCCCCACUACCAGUAGGUUGGACUGAACACGCUGAUCCAGGGGGUCAUUUCUACUACUUCAACUCUCAAACUCAGGAAUCUACUUAUGUUCGACCAUUACCUCCAUUCUUCACGUCCAGUCAUGCUUCCCAACCACUACGGAAUAAAGAGAGACCACUCGUCAAAACACCCAUACCUGGCACCGAUUGGCUACGCGUGAGAACGACUGAAGGAAAUACCUUCUAUUCGCACAAAAUAAGAAAAGAAAGUGUAUGGAUCGUACCAGAAGAAAUCGAAAGUGACGUGAAGGCUUUUGAACAACAAGAGCGUGAGAGGGAGGACAUGUCGUCUCGGAACAAGCCAGUCGGCGAAAAUAAGCUUGAAAGCUCUCAAGGGCACGAAGGUCGCAAAUCUGUGAAGAGGAAAAUUGAUCAUUCUGUGCCUCUCGACGAGGUUGAAAUCUCGAAGAGGGCAAAGGUUGAGGAAGAAGAGGAGGAGAGCGAGGAGAGCGAUGCAAGCGAGGAGGAGGAUUGGCAGCGCGAGGCAGCCGCACAACUGGCAGAAGAAGCAGCUGAGGAACGAAAACGAGUCGAAGAAGAGGAAAGAAGAGCGAAGGAGGCGGAGGCAGAAGCAAAACGAACAAUCGCGGUGGACAUUCCUCAGAAGGUGAAUUUAUCCCUUGACGAGGGGAAAGCACUGUUCAAGACCCUCCUGAGGGAGAAGGAUAUCAACCCUUUGCUUCCUUGGGAUAUAUGUCUGCCACAAUUCAUAUCAGACCCGAGGUAUACCCUCCUUCCAUCAGUCGCGGUUCGUCGGGAGGCCUUUGAUGAAUUUUGCCGUGAUCGUUCUCGCGAAUUACGACAGUCCAAUUUGAAGAAGGAGAAACGAGACGCAGACCCUGCAGGAGAGUACGACAGGCUCCUUCGAGAGGAAGUCAAGAGCACAAGAGCAAGUUGGACUGACUUUCGCAGGGCGUGGAAGAAGGAUAGAAGGUUUUACGGAUGGGGAAGGGAUGACAGAGAACGAGAGAAGCGGUUUAAAGAGUAUUUGAGAGAGUUGGGUGAACAAAAACGAGUUGCCGCGCGAAAAGCCGAAGCGAAUUUCUUUUCCCUGUUGAAGGAACAUCAGGCGAAAAUUAGGAAAGGUUCAACCUGGAAAGAGACAAAAAGAUUACUGUCUGGUGAUCGUCGCUAUGAUGCAAUCGCAUCGUCGUCUUUGCGAGAAGAGCUCUUCAACGCAUUUAUGAAAGGGACAGCGUUAGAGCCAACAAGGUCUGAAGAACUAGUGCCAGUGGUAUCUCAGGGCGAAGCUCAAGAAGACCACCAAGGACGGAAAGAAAGAGCAGUAAAGGAACGUGAAGAGCAAGUGAAAGCCGAAUUGGGUCGUUUGAAGACCAACAUAGAAAGGUCAAAAAUCGUUAGCAACAAAGUAGAGGGAGAGAGCAUAUUCAUGUGCGCAACCUUGCCCGCCUCUAGUCCUGAACAACGCCCUUACGCCAUCAACCAUUUCGCAGGACGUUGA